AUGCCGCUCUACCGCCCAGACAACUCGGACGCUCCCGUCCUCUCGCAGUUCUCCCUCAAGGGCAAAGUCGCCGCCGUGACGGGCGGCGCCCGCGGCAUCGGCCUCGAAAUUGUGCGCGGCCUCGCCGAGGCCGGCGCCGCCGUGGCCAUCAUCUACAGCACCACCACCAGCGCCCAUGACGCCGCCCAAGUCAUCGCCGCGGCCACCGGUGUCAAGGUCACCGCCUACCAGGGCGACGUGCGCUCGCGCACCGCCAUUGCCGAGACCGUGCGCCGGAUUGCCGCCGAUUUUGGGCGUCUCGACAUCAUGGUGGCCAAUUCGGGCGUCUGCGCCGAUAUCCCCAGCCUGGAGUACACUGAGGAGACGUGGCAGCAGAACAACAGUGUCAAUUACGACGGUGUCAUGUGGACUGCGCAGGCGGCGGGCAACAUCUUCAAGGCGCAGGGCCGCGGAAACCUCAUCAUCACGGCGUCGGUCAGCGCGACGCUGGUCAACAUCCCGCAGCAGCAGGCCGCCUACAACGCCUCCAAGGCGGCGGUUGUGCAGCUGGCCAAGGUGCUUGCUGUCGAAUGGGUCGACUUUGCGCGGGUCAACUGCGUUUCGCCUGGCUUCAUUGAAACUGAUAUGCUGUACAACCAACCAAAAGAGCGCAUGGAGCAGUGGCUUUCUCUGAUUCCCGGCCGCCGCAUGGCAGCCACCUCGGAGUUGAAAGGAGUCCGUCGUAUUGAAAAGGGCAUCAAAAAACUAUGUCAAGAGCCGGUAUAUGGACAAAAACGAGCCGGAACAGCCACCAAGGGGGGCUGCUGCCACAACGGUGUCCCGAGCGACCAAGUGAACGUACCCGCGCAAGAUAAAGUCCAUGUGCCCGGCGUCGAUACUACCAGCAAGACAUUGGAGUUUGCUGCGAUCCCGCUUGCCCAGGUUGAAGAAAUGAGGCUCUUUAUACUCGCCCACCCCCACAUUACAAAACGCAAAGAGAUUCGCAACUUGAUCUUGUUGGCCUACUGGGACACAUUUAUACACAGAGGCCUGGCUCAGCAGGGGCUCAGUCACAUACGCCAUGCGAUAGUGCUUGUGCACGCCAGCUUUGCCAAGUCGGACGAAGAACUGAAGCACCGGCUGGUGGACAUUGGCACCGUGGGAAGUCGGUGGAAGGCCGAGUUUGACGCCGACGUGCUGAGCAAGUGUGUACAUUUGCGGAGGGCGGCCGGGGCUGCUGUGACUUUGCAAAAGGACGAGGAGAAGACGGCGCAGCGGCGCCUCGCACACCCCAUGGAUAUACUCCAGGCGACGAGUAUAGAAUGGAAGCGAGAGAGGUUGCGAGGGUUCCAGGCCAUUCUCUUUUCUCUCGACACUUAUGAACCGCUGGACGAUAACUCUCAUGCAGGCGAAGGCCCUAGUUGA